AUGCCGCGAUCACAGACGUCAUCAGUUCCUCAGGCAGAGCUGGAGACAUGGCUGGUGCAGCAGGACCCCUCCCCCCUCCCUGUGAGGUUACUCCACACCGACCCCAACAGGCUGAUCCUGCCAGAGGAGCCCAGGGGCCAGACCUGGGAGGAGCAGGACAUCCACACACAGGUGUACCGAGAGCAUGUGGACUCGGACCAGGACAUGUCCCCAGCAGAGACCGAGGACUGGGGACAAGAGGAGCCCGAGGACCAGGCACCAGCUCCAGACCAGCAGAGCUCCGAGGGCUCGGCUCUGGAAGAAUGUCUCCAUCUGCUGCAGUCCUUCCCCUUCACCCAGGACCAGGAGCUGGUGUGUUCCUCUGGGAGUACACUGCUGCCCCACAGCGCCCCCACAGACAUGGAGGAGCAAUGGCAGGACCUCCUGGACCUCAUGGAGCCUCAGGCGGAUGUGGCGAUGGAGCCUCCAGGAGAACCACAGCGCCCCCUACUGGACCAGUUCUGUGAGCACGGUGCAGAGCUGCUCCCUCUGGUGCCCAGUGACCAGCUGGAGGCCCCCCCCAGUCCCCACACCCAGGGGCCCCCUCUGCUGCUGGGGGACCUGAGUGGGGGUCUGGACCAGCUCCUGGGAGACGAGGACAUGCUGGAGCACAUGGAUCUGCUGGGCCUACUGGAGGAGGAGGGGGAGGGGGGCUUUGGGGAAGAGCUGAGGAGCAGGCUGGAGGAGGGGGGUUAUCUGCAGCCAGAGCUCAGUCUCAGCCUCUGCGGCACCAGCACUGCUCCAGACGAGGAGGAGCUGGACUCGGACUCGGGUUUGUCUCUGGACUCCGGCCGCACUCCUCCUUCUCCCGGCGACUCAGACUCCUCCUGCUACUCCUCCUCCUCUUCAUCCUCCAACGACAGAGCGGCCUCCACAGAACUGAACAUCAAAGAGGAGCCGCUGGACGAGGAGCUGGGAGCUGUGGGCGGAUACCAGGACCAGGACCAGUACUCGGACCAGGACCAGUACCAGGACCAGGAAUCCAAACUCUUCUCCCUCCUCAGCCACGACCACACCUACCACAACCAACCGCCCACGCUCUCACCCAAGAUGUUGCCCCCCAGACCUGACCGUGCCUCCCCCAGACCUGACCGCACCUCCCCCAGACACGACCGCGCCUCCCCCAAACACAACCGCGCCUCCCCCAAACACGACCGCGCCCCCCCCAGCCCCCACAGCCCGUACCAGACGCCUUCACGGAUCCGCGACCGAGAUGAGCGACGUGCCAAGGCCCUGAAGAUCCCAUUCUCCAACGACCUCAUCGUCCAUCUCCCGGUGGAGGAGUUCAACGACCUCCUCGCGGGGUACGAUCUCAGCGAGGACCAGCUGAACCUGGUGAGAGAAGUACGCCGCCGCGGCAAGAACAAGAUCGCGGCCCAGAACUGCCGCCAGCGUAAGGUGCGCACGCUGCAGGGGCUGGAGCGAGACGUGAGCGCGCUGAGGAAGAGGAGGUGGAGGCUCCUGAGGGAGAAGCAGGAGGCGCUGAGGGAGAUGCAGGAGGUGAAGCAGCGUCUGAGCGGCCUGUACCAGGACGUGUUCUCCAGGCUCAGAGACGGAGAGGGCCGCGCGCUGGACGUUCAGGAGUUUGUGCUCAGCUUUGAGGCGGACGGCAGCGUGAAGGUGGUGUCGAGGAGGCCGAGCGGGAGGAGAACACGCAAACACACGGACAAGGAGUGA